CUUCCUGCCACAACCGCUACGGUAAACCCGGAGAAGGAAAUGCACGCCAAAUCAAGGCGAUAUGUGUUGUCAUCAAAGCAUAUGCCAGCGGUACACGGGUCCCGCAGCAGCAGCCCGAUGAUAUAGGAUGAUCUCAACGAAGCACUAGCAUUUUGCAAAGUCUUCGGAUCUUACGAAGGUCACAGUCAUCUCACUAUUGAUACUGUGCCAUUCACUGCCAUACGAAGUUUAAAUUUUCUGAAACUAUCCGCCUCUGAUGCGCAGGCAAGCACUGCUACACAAUUGCACCUGAUGACAGCCGGAGUGGAGUGCUCAUACGGCGCAUUCCUCGCCGAUGAGCUAAGCUCGAGACGUCCAGUGAGUGCUUAGUUUUCCUCCCAUGUCAAGCUACUCUUUGGUCAUAGCCUCAUAAGUAGAUUACCUCCGCGGCUGCGCCGGAGACUGCCACAAUAAGCCUCAAAGAUAUCACUAAUUCUCGCUCGUCGCCAAGGCGCGGAAAAAAAAACGACUUUUCUCCGCCGUCCCAUACUGUUGUGGUCGGUGUCAGAGUACGUCAGUAGAGUAAAGAUCCUGAUUAUCACGAGCAUUGAGCACGACGCUAUAGCAGACUUGAGCUUGAAGACUUGCCAAUAUAGGAGUUUACGUAAUGUGCUUUGAUGCGCACCUCGUCGCUCUGUUGUUGACGACGUCGUCAUCGACUUCUUGUCCGCAACCUCCAUCUUGUCCCGUGGCAAGUUGGCAAGUUGGCAAAAACUCGCCAGUAAACGGCCAUGUCUUAUCGACGCUCCCUCUUUCUUGCUUUGACUGUGCUCACAGUCUCCUGGUCUUCCUGGAUCUUGUUCUGCGCCACUUCACUCGGGUUCGGCAUGUCUGAGGCUGCUUUGGAACUGCUAGGCGACACACUUUCCUUGGUUGGAAUACCCCUGCGCGACGGUCACGGUAAUCCUGCGGAAUCACCUCGUUUUUCUCAUGUGCCAAUGCCAGGUGGACACACACUGCCUUCCCAGGCCCCUUCAGCCGGCGACGCCACUUUGCCAACAUUCUCUGAAAUCUUCGUUGUCUCGCUGUCCGCGCGCGCUGAUAGACGGGCCACCAUGGAACGGAUUCGUAGCGCCGUUCCUCUGCUCAACUUCUCGUACUUCGACGCGACGCCAGCCGACGACUCGCGGAUUUCCGCGAUCUACGACCGCAUCAAACAGACGAGAGAGGCCUAUGGGACGUCAUCACGCACCGAUGCUACCUUCGAGUGGCCUAGAGACGUCUCGGCUCCCUCUCGCAGUCCGCUGGGACAGACUGGCGCAGAUCUUUGGACCACGGCCGCGUUAACUACUGAGACUUCCGCAUUCUCCACGGCUACACGCUCCGGAAAUUACGGCACCAUUCUGGACCCGUUCCCCCGAACCGAGCCUUUGACCUGUGCGAGCCAAAACUACGUCAGCGGUCCGCCUUACAGCCUGGCGUUGCCCCCGUACCAGCUUUUGACACGUUCGAAAGUCGCUUGCUGGCAUUCUCAUGUCGAGGUACUCCGUGCGAUUGCUGGACGUCACGAUGGCGAGAAUGCGGACACCGAGGUCUCGCUAAUCUUGGAAGAUGAUAUUGACGUGGAACGGGACGUGCAGAAGAGACUGCAGAGUGUAUGGGGUGCGAUGCCGGAACGGUGGGACAUGCUAUUCCUUGAUGCCGCGAAUGAAGAACUCGAGGCUCUGGCAUGCCCAGGCUACCCCAUGGUUUUUCCCGUUAUAGACAGCGGCGGUCCCGUGCGAUUACCAGAGCAUGGCCCUGCGUACACAGAGAACGAACUUUGUAUCACGAUCGCGCUCGAUUGCGACCACGAACCUCCUACCGGCGCAGUGGCUUAUGGCGCGCGGCACCCGUAUCAUUCAGAAAUGCACUCCGAGGCCGGUGCUUGA